AUGCAUUCAUCUAUGACAAGAAAUCAGCCAGAGUUCAAAAAUGUAAAUAUGUCCCCGCCAAAUGAUCGUAUUCAAAAGAAACUUGGAAGAAGAAUUAGGUCGCGUUCUAGAUCAUAUAAUGAACCCCGAUUUGGUUCUAGAAUUAGGUAUUCAUCUAAAAACAGACAACGAUCACAGUCUAGAAGUGGAAGAAAGUCUAAAUCACUGGAUCGGAGAGAUAAUGUAACUGAACGUCAGUCGUCAUCUAAACCAAAACAUGACCGUUCAUUUAAGUCUUCGAAAAAUUAUAAAAAAGAAAUAGGAAAAGGACAUCCACCUCCAAAUAAAAAGAAAUGGAAAAAAAUUAAAUCUACACAGCCCACACAGCCUACAUCUUCAUCAUACACGUCUUCACAGCUUGAAGAGCAACCGCCGACCCCGGUGGUUGAUUCUGGUCCAACAGUCAUACCACCUCCAGUUGCACCUCAAGUACAAGGAUCAUUUUACUCACAAAAUGCCACACCGAUGUACUACGCUCAACCAACACAUAUGCAGCCGCGGUUAAUGCCAGUCCCAUAUUAUAUGCGAUCUCGUUUACCAUAUCCGCCAACAUAUCCAAGAUUAUUAUAUAGACCACAGCGGCAGCCUCCAGUUCGUAAUUUUAUUAUGGUACACAAUGAAGAAGCCUAA